CGUCGCCCCUCAACACAACAACAACAACUUCUCUGCUGAUCUCCACAUAUCGCAUCUGAUCCCACGAUCGUCGUCGCCCCUAAAUCAACAACACGUAUCACGAAGAAGAAGAAGAAAGGUCUUGACAAUGGCCGUGUCUAGGAGACAACUGAGAGCUGCACACGCGCGCCGCUCAAGAUUAAGAAGACGGCAAGUCAUAGGCCGGGGAGGGACCAGGGCCAGCAGCGGGUCUGGUGACCAGGCCACAGCCAUGACCAGGCAGCAGAGGUCUGGUGCCCGUGCUCGCCAUCAGGCACCUUCAUGUCAAACUUUCCCGGAGGACGGAGCAGUAGCCGCCACUUCCUGUGGCCAGGCGACAGGAUCAGGUGCUUCCAGCAGGCAGGCAGCAAGACCAGGUACUUCCAGCAGGCAGGCAACAAGGCCAGGUACUUCCAGCAGCCAGGCAACAAGGCCAGGUACUUCCAGUGACCAGGCGACAGGACCAGGUACUUCCAGCAGGCAGGCAGCAAGACCAGGUACUUCCAGCAGCCAGGCGACAGGACCAGGUACUUCCAGCAGCCAGGCGACAGGACCAAGUACUUCCAGCAGCCAGGCAACAAGACCAGGUACUUCCAGUGACCAGGCGACAGGACCAGGUACUUCCAGCAGGCAGGCAACAAGGCCAGGUACUUCCAGUGACCAGGCGACAGGACCAGGUACUUCCAGCAGGCAGGUAGCAAGACCAGGUACUUCCAGCAGCCAGGCAACAAGACCAGGUACUUCCAGUGACCAGGCGACAGGACCAGGUACUUCCAGCAGCCGGGCAACAAGAUCAGCUACUUCCAGCAGGCAGGCAACAAGACCAGGUACUUCCAGUGACCAGGCGACAGGACCAGGUACUUCCAGUAACGUUUUGGUUACUCGUAAUGUUUCGACCAAGCGUAAAGUAAAUCAAAGUAAGAAAGGUAAAGAGCCUGUAGAAGAUUGUGGGACGAAUGCAAUAAUCUCUGCCAAAAAGUUGGUAGACUAUCUUGAUACUCGUGCGUGUAAUUCCUGUCGACUUCCUGCGUUGAAACAUAGAAUAAUUAAUUACCAAUGUGAUGUGAUUAUCGAGAAAAGGUGUACUGUUUGUAUGCUCGUGACUCGAACCACUCUCGUGAGCAAUAAUGAAACCCUGAAGGCAUUAGUUUUGAGCAAUAUGCUCGCUGGUCAAGGUUAUAGAUCAUUCUUAAAUAUGAACCGGGGAUUGAGUAUGUCAGGUGUUUCAAGAAAAGACUAUAAAAAGUUCCGGAACAUGAUCGGAGAAAAGGCACGUGAAAAAUGGUUAGAGGUACAAGCGGAAUCUCAUGACAAGAUCGUAGAUUAUUAUUGUAGAGAAUUGAAUAGAGCAAAAGAUGAGGAAGGCUUCCUCGACAUUGAUGUGUUCUUUGACGGGUUGUGGCACACAAAGGAACAUCCCGGUAAUUCCCAAGUUGGUAUUGCCUUUUUAGUUGAAAUUUUCACCGGAUUAGUUGUAGACUACAACGUGUUUCACAAAAAGUGCAAGCAGUGCCAAACAUUUGAUGAACAGAAGAGAGAAGGAAACCUGACAGAGGCAGAGUAUGAAGAGAAGAAGAUGGAACAUGUUCCACAUUGCCAUAGAAAUUAUAGUGACACUGCUGAGAAUAUGGAGGGAGAUGCAGCGGUAGUUUUGUGGCAUCGAUCAAAAGACUACAAACUCAGGUAUAUGACCUUUGUGAGUGAUGGUGAACGAAGUGCAUACCAUAAGGUUUGUGCACUGAACAAUGGUGCUGGACCAUAUGGGGCACAGAAGAAGAUAGAAAAGCCCAACAUACGCAUGUAUUUCAUGGGAAAGAGACAAAAUUUAAAUAACUUGAAUAAGUCGCUACACCAACGAGUUUGGCAUUUCAACCCAGAAGACACAUUUGUUUCUCGAACCAUGACUGACUUCUGUAUUGCCACUACAGCUGUGACUUACAAUGUUGGGUAUACGAAAGGGUACCUGGACAAUCUCAUUGGUAUCCCUCGAAAUGAACAAAUGGCAAGGCUCCUCAAAAAAAUGGAUGAAAAGAUGGAAAAAUCUACUAGAUGCACCAAGAAGCCGAAACUGGUUCAGUAGGGAGGGGGGCCACUGCCUGUUAGCAUCCAAUGUACUGCCACCUGGAGUAUCCAAAUUUCACACCCGUUAUGAUGAGUCUGAAUCAAGACGAACAGGCACCCAUUAAAUCAAAACUUGGACUUCAGAGGACGAUGGCCCACUGACGUAGUAACUCCGGUGGACCCCAGGUCGUCCUGUCAACGACCAAAGAUGACCCCACAGGACAGACACAGACAGACACAGACAAACAGAAUAGGGAAGAGAAGGCCCAUGCUAGACACAUCAUCUAGUGUCUCUUGAUGAUGACAGCCGAAUUGCAUUGAGCGAAUUGCGACACAGGAUCCUUUGCCUUAACUGGCUGCCACUCAUGCAGGCAUGAUUGAGUGAUAUUGAGACUAUUGAGAUUAUAUUGAUGAGAUUGAUUGAGACUAUUGAGUGAUUCAUCCUGCGUCGUGUGGAUUUCAUGUAGUGGGCAGAAGUCAUUCUCCGAAGGAGCCAUGCUGGAGCAACAGUUCAAAAAUAUGACCUGUUCUACGGUGCCAACCAUAUGGAGGUUUCGUAACUUGUAGUCCCCUAGGGCUGUGAAGAACCCCAGCAUACGUCCCUCAAGAAGACGGACGUAAGGUCAAUUCAAGAUCAGCAGGGACAACAGAUUCUAAACUCACGUGAGUAGUGCAAGAAAUACAGCUUCCUAAGUUGGCUGUGGCAUUGUUGGACGUUUUCUGAAGGUGCAGCGAUACGAUGCAGUUGUAUUGAAGAAACACAUCGCAAGAUUAUCUAAAAGACCAAGCAGUGACACCUCCCCAGCUAGAGAACCCAGACUUCGUGUCUUCUAUUUAGAAUAGGAUGAUUAUACUGUACUAUGUGCAAUUGUUCUUAGCUCUGUUAGAUGUUAUUUUUUAAGGUAAUUUUUUUCUCACCUGGAAUACUAUUCUGGGAUAAGACAAAAUCAUGCUUUACUAAUGUACACAUGAUUUUGCCUUAAAUCCGGGGAAAGAGGGAUGUAACAGUUGUGAAGGUGGCCUGAGUGGAGACUUGUAGGGUGCCUAAUCCAUGAGACUACCCCAGGGAGGUAAGGUAAGAUUACAUGUCAACCUUAGAUAUUUAUCAAAGGUUGGCAAGUUGAUCCCUUUCCGAGAAGUUACCAGCUUCCUCUGGUAAUCCAACGGAAUAGGGGAUCCAGGGGUAUAAAAGACAGGAACAAGUUGAGAAAAGACACGGGAGACAUCUCCCGUCACGCAGGGUGCAGUCGCACCUCCACAGAUCUCCAGUAUCA